AUGUACGCCGAGGAGCGGCGUAUUGCUUCCGCUGCCGUUCACUAUGCUUCUGUGCUCACAAAGUCCGUCAUGCGAUCAAUCAAGCAUGUGUCCAAGAAGGAUUCUACUCCCGUCACGGUUGCCGAUUUCGCAGUGCAGGCGCUCCUCAUCGGCACCCUGAGCCAGGCUUUUCCCGCCGACGGCUUCCUGGGCGAGGAGAGCGCGGCCGCGCUCCGCCAAGACGCUGUCCUUUGCCGGCAGGUCUGGGAGCUGGUGUCGUCCACCGAGGCCUGGCCGGGAGCAGCAGCAAGCCAAGCUGCGACACUGACGCGGCCGCCUGGCUCGCCGGAGGAAAUGAUGGAGUUGAUUGACCGCGGCGGCCUCGGCAACGGUGGGCGGCACGGGCGGACGUGGGUCAUGGAUCCGAUUGACGGCACGGCGACUUUUAUCGAAAGCGGCCAGUAUGCUGUCGCGGUUGCGCUCAUUCAAGACGGAAAAGAAGUACUCGGUGUGGUGGGCUGCCCGAAUCUUGCGCUCGACUUGGAUCACCUCGAAAGCGUGCCCACCGAUGACGAGGGCUAUGGAUUCAUCGUGUCUGCUGUUUACGGUGAUCAAGGCGUGCUUGUACAACCAGUUGGCGCCGGCGAGCUCCCUCCUGGGCAGUUUAUACCAUCCCGUCGUCGGUCGCAACCUCAAGACGAAGCAUCUUCCAUCCAGUACUCGCAUUUCAACUUUGUGGAUUCCAUGUCCGGCGAGGCAUACCAUCUCAACAAGGCUAAGCAGCUUGCAAAGCGCCUCGGUUGCGCCCCGUUUCCCGGAACGGAGGUCUGGUCAACUCAGGUCAGGCUCGUCAUCUUGGCUCUAGGAAAAGCCAGCUGCAACAACGUGCAAGUGAGAAUCCCGCCUCCCAGAGUGGACGGAGGCGAAGAGGAUCCGGAGGACUAUAUUUGGGACUAUGCAGGCGCGCACUUGAUUCUUCGAGAAGCUGGCGGCGUUGCAACCGACCUUGACGGCAAAGAGGUCGAUUUCGGGACGGGAAGGCGGUUGUCUGGCAACUGGGGUUUGGUCGCCGCCUCUCACUCAAGCCUGCAAGGGCGAGUUCUCGGUCAAGUGAGAGCGUUUUUGGAACUAGAGAAGUAG